CGGGGCAGAGGCGCCAUGGCGAUGGGGCUCGGGAGAAUCAGAAUCAUUCGGUGGCGGGGGCGGUGCUGUACUUUUUGCGAGAGAGUGCUUCUGAAGUUGGACAUUUGCAUCGCUAGCCCUCCUUCCCUUGCUGCAGGGAAUCUCUGGAGUUUGGAGCACACGUAUAGAAUUUACGCGGAAGAACGGUGGUUGAAUGUAAAAUAUCCACCGCCGUCGAGGGGGGAUUCGCUCUCGCUCUCCUCCGCCGCUGCCGCCGCUUCCAUGGCGAUCUCGAGGCCCCGGAGCCGCGCCGUCCCCUUCAUCCCGCUCCUGCUCCUCGUCCUCCUCGUCCCGUUAAUCUACUCCGUUUCCAGGCUACGCUUGAGCUGGGCGCAGGAGAGGGAGUUGGGCAUGCCUCCUCCUGCUCUGCCGAAGCGCCCCGAUCGCCUCGUGCUCGGCCCGGCCGCCGGCCAGGGCCGCCCCGACCGCCUCCAGUGCCAAGGACUUAAAGCUGUGAAUAAGAUAAGUCUAUCAAGUGAACCUGGAGAACAUGUUUCUUUUGUUACAGUGUUCACAACCUACAGUUCUGACCCAGCUGGGGCUGGCAAACGGUCAUCUGAUGUUGUAACUGUUGGAAAGCAUUUUUAUAGCAAGGAGGAAAGGUCCAUGGCCAUUCUUAAUACUUUCAUCAGCUUCAUACAGGUGUCAAUGCCAAGAAGCGAUGUGAUAAUAUUGACUGGUCCUAAAUCAAAAUUGUCAAUAAAUCAAGGGAAGGCCUCAAUACUGCCAAUUGAGGGAAAUUAUUCUCGAGGCAACCUGAUGCUUCAGAGGAUCAAGUCCUACAUUGACUUUCUAGAGCUAAAACUUGAGGAGGUUGACUGUGUGAACUGUGCUCGUCAUUUUGUUUUCACUGAUUCUGAUAUGGCAGUGGUUGAGGAUAUUGGACAUAUCUUCACGAGCUAUCCUAAUUGGCACCUUGCUCUUACAUUUCGUAAUAACAAAGGCCAACCCUUGAACUCUGGAUUUAUAGCGGUGAGAGGGACCAGAGAUGGCAUCUCUAAGGCUAUCGAAUUCUUCAAUGAAGUUCUUAAAGCAUACAAUCUAAAGUAUAUGAAGGCGUCCCGCAUGCUUGGUGAUCAAUUAGCACUGGCAUGGGUUGUGAAGUCUUAUCUAUCAUCAGCCUUUGGAAAAUUUUCUAGGCAUGAAACAUUUACUGGUGAAGUCAAUGGAGCAUCUGUUCUGUUUUUGCCUUGUGAAGUUUAUAAUUGGACUCCACCUGAGGGUGCUGGACAAUUUCAUGGUAUGCCCUUGGAUGUUAAGGUUGUUCAUUUCAAAGGUUCAAGAAAGCGUUUGAUGCUUGAGGCAUGGGAUUUCUACAAUUCAACCUCUCAAUUAUCUGAUAUGUUGUGCCUAAUCCUGAAGAGUGGCAGAACAAAAUAUGACUUCUGAACCUUUUGUUCCACGAUGAAGUGACAUCUGUUGAUCCUCAUUGAGCUCCAGAUAUGUAUCUAUUUGUUGGCACAGGCUCCAACUCUGCAGUUGUGAGCGAUUGCAAGAAUUCAAGCGCCACAUAGCGCAAAUAGAGUCAUCAGGAACUCAGGUUACGCACAAGGAAAACAGGGUGAUCCAGAUUGUGCUGAGGGUAGCUCGGGAAUAUGAGAUUGGUGCCACGACUCCCGUGGAAGGUGGACCCAUUCAUACACGAUAUUAGCUAGGAGUAGCAGGGUGAUCAUGUAGGAAAUCACCAGUUGUUUUGGUGAUGGUUCUUGGUAGCUUUGUCACCCUUCAUCACUAUUCAUGCUGUAACAGUUUCUUGGUUGUGGCUGAUGAGGUUACUCGGAAUUUUUCGCUUUCAAUACAGGCUACGUGCUGUAAUAGUUUUCCAAAGAUUUUUUAACCAACGAAGCUAGUAAUA